AUGCCACACAAACUAGAUCCUCCAAAGUGGAACGUGACCCACUUCGACUUCGACGUCGCCCAGGAGUCGACUCAAAACGCCCCUGAUACCAUAGAGAGGUCAGAUGUCUCUAAUCAGAACCGCCAUCAAGGGCUCGGCCAUGCAACGAGUCCAGUCCUCGGCGGAACCAAUCAACUGAAGGCUGAGAACUCUAAAACUCAUAACAGCCAGGUUCAUGAAGUCCAAUCUGUAUCGAACAGCCGUACCAACCAGCUCGUGUGCCUCCACGCCGCCAUUCGAGAGCUGAAGGAGCAAAAGAAACGCCGAAAUGAGUUCCUAAAGAAGUUUGGAGGAGAUGAACAAUUCUGCAAAGAUACGACAGCUCUAGCUGCCAAGAUCUCGCACAUGGACUACACCCUAGGUUUCGCCGGAGAAAAGUUCACCGAUGAGAUUGUACGAAACUUCCUGGAUGAGGCUACUAGCUUGGUAGUGACCCAGAAACAGGUGAUUGGUGAGCCUGAGCGCGCCGCGACUCAACGAGUCCUCUAUGAUUGUCGGGAAAUGGAGGCCGUCUCGGCUUCUUUCAUCAAAGGCGCAAAAUGGAAGGCCGAGGACCAGCGUCUUCAGCAACGUCGACUUCCGCCAUCCCAACUAGAGACCUACGAUGACCGCUUUCAACGUCUUUGCGACACGCUCAAGGAGCUCCAGGAGGACAUAGCCCGCCGGAACCUUCUCAUCGGAGCAUACGAUUUCGCCUUUCAAUACCGAUCCCGAGCCAUAAUUGUCAAGUCCAACAUCAACAUGCUGAUCCGCCGCGUUAGCCUUGCGGGAGAGAAUGUGGCCGAGGAUGAGCUAAACAGGCUCCUAGCCGAUGCUCUUGAGUUGGUUUCUACGAAGAGGUCAGAUUUCCUGCCCGAGCGCCCUGCAAUGAAUAUUGCACACCAGUUCAGCGAUGUGAAGUGGCAGGAGGCGCGACGUGAGGGUCCAGAUAGUCCUCCUGUCAGCCCACGUACUGUGCUGUGCCUAAACGUGAGUAGAUAUUGA